UUUUCUUGCCACUGGAGUCCGAAGUUCCGCCAUCGUUCUUCCUCCUCCUCUUCUUCUCGCUGUCCCUCGCUUUCUCCUCUCCCUCCGCCGCCUCUCCCCCAGCGACACCCGUCUCUCCUCUCUCUCCUGCGGUAGUUUCGCCAGACACCGCGAGCUCGGGGAAGCGCGGCUUCUCCUCGGCCGUGGGGGAGGCAGAACCCGACUUUGAGCGUCCAACCGAGUCUACUAGCUCUCCUCUAUCUCCCUCCUCGCCUCCCUGGUUGGUCUCUUUCUCUGCCAUGGCUACUUGUGCAUUAGAGCGUGGCACCUUCGACCUUACCCAGGUGCGCGUUUAUUAGAGUGGAAGACUUAGAACGCAGUAAACACCAUGGCUGGUUUGCUGGGUUCGUGGUGGUCAGGGAAGGCGGCUGAGGAGGAGAGCGAGAAGAAGGAGAAGGAGGAGAGUGAGGAGGAAGAGAAGGAGAAGAAGGACUCGUCCUGGGUUGCCGGACUAGAGGGCAAGCCAUAUCUCUAUGUACACAAGUGUUCAUGAAGUAAGUGUAGGUCUAGUGAAGAACGUGUCAGAGUAUGCUGCGACAAUGGGAGAGACUGUCAAGAGCAGAGUACAGGAAACACCCAUGUCAUUCGUGAACCAGUUUCAGGAUGAGCAGGAGAAGUUUUCCAGGGAGCAGCGGAGGUUAAAGGACGCGGCGGUUCCUCCCUGGGUGGGCUACAAUGAGGAGGAGCAGAUGAAGGCCCAGAUACUGGAGCUAUCUGCUGACAGUCGUAAUGUGUUGCGCAAUCCUCCGCCUGGCAUCCAGUUCAACUUUGACUUUGCCAAAUCCUACCCCGUUGCCAUGGCGAUGCUGAAGGAGGACGCGCGACUACAGAAACUAAGAUUUGAUCUCGUUCCAAAGAAGGUAUCAGAGGAAAAGUUUUGGCACAAUUUUUUCUAUCGUGUCUUUCUCAUAAAACAGUCAUCACAACUUUCUUCUCUCGCUAAUGAUAAGAAAGACAGUGUGUCUUCAGAUCGAACUGAAGGAGAUGGGGAUCACGUUGUAACUGGUGAGGCUGGUGAAGGUGGGGAGUCUGGGGAAGUGGUGGAGGUGGUGCAGUCUCCGGGUCACGAGGAGUUUGCCAGUGAUGCUCUACCAACACUCACCACUGAGAUCAGCAGAGAAACAGUGCAGGCAGAGCUGGGUCAGCUUGGAGUGGGAAGUGGGGAAGAGGAAAAGAAGAAAGAGGAGGAGGGAGGGAGGGAGACAGCUCUGUGUGGGAGGAGCAGCUGCAACAAGAGCUGCAGGACUUAGAUCUACAUGAGGUAUAUAUAAUGCCACGGAUAACAUUGAGGAAGAAAAAUGUUCUACAAAUUGCCACUGUGCAGGGUGUGGGUGGUGAGGGGGAAGGGGGAGGAGGGGAGGAAGUGGACACAGAGGCCUGGGAGGCGGAGCUUCAGGAGAUGCUAGACAUGCACUCACAGGAGCCCACGACUCAGAACUGAUCACAUGACAUCACAUGAC